AUUCAAGUAGGUCUGGAGUUUGGGGAACCCCGGUUAGCUAGCUAAUGUCAUUAGCAAAGGUUAAACAGUAGACAAAGGUGGGAAACAAGGAGUCAUUUUUAAAGUUAACGUUACAGGUAUGAAAUAUUUUGUUACUUUACCUCAAUUAAGCUUGCUAUUAUAGCUAGAUAUUGUGUUAGGCUAUGAUGUGUCGCAUUUCAUUUGAUGCAGGCUGGCUAGUUUGUUGCAAUGUUAGCUAACGUUAGUUAAUGUCAACCAAUUUGACUAGCUAACUAGCCAUAACUGUCUGGCUUAGCUAACUAGCAAUGGAGUUGAAUAUUCAUUUAACGUUAGGUAACUAGUUAAACUGCUUAGUAGCUAUACGUUUUCCAAUAACGUUAAUGUCAAUAUUACAUAUUGUCGUUUUAAGCGCAAAACGUACGCGCGUAAAAAUAGGUUAGCUAGCGUUGGAUAUCCUAUGAAUAUAAUAUCCACAGAGUUAACAUUACUAUUAUCUUUAAUAUAGCUAAGGUUAACGUUACUGGACUGAUCUGAUGCUGCCUACGAUUAAUGUUAACAAUUAUCGUUUAGUAGUUAACUAUAAUAUUUUACUCUAAAUUAGUUGGCUAGCCGGUUAGCUAACCUGGCUAGCUAGUUAGCUAUGCUGCAAGCUAAAUUGGGGGGAACUAGGGUAGGGCGCCCUUUGCUUUGGAGGGAUUGCAGCUCUAAAUUGUCCUAACUUUUUGAUCAACCAAAACAAUAUCUAGCUAAUGUUACAUUUUAGAGAAUGUAACUAACUCUAGUAUGAGUGGGCAAUCCACUGUGGGUUGAUACAACGUGUUAUGUAGCUACUGUAGCUAGCCAGUUUGUCGCGUUUUGAUUGAGAUUAAACUGGCAAAUGCACCGUUUUAUUUUCUCUUCCUCAGGGCUACAAUUUGUGACCACAAUCAGUCAUUUAAAAAUGAAGUGUCCGUCCAACUACGAGGAACCCCGGUUUCCAUGCAACAUGGAGAAACAUGUCACAUACAAGGAGUCGGGCCUGAAAACCUCCCCACUAAAGGAAUGCGUCCAAGUAGUAGUCAAACCACAGCUCUCACCAUGUGUCACCACCGCUGCCAACUUUUGCCUCAAGGAUAAUGUGAAAGGUGUUCACAAUAAGGAGAACAACCUACAUGAUGGGGUACUUGACGAGGUAAACCUAGGCUGUGAAGCAUUCGAGGACAGCGGUUUCCUCUCUUUACAGAACAGCCAGAUAGAGGACGUUGAUAACAUAAAGGAACUAGAGCAGUCUCCAGGACAGGAUAUAUUCUCCCCAUGUACUCCAGUUGCUGAUUAUCACAAGGCUAAGCAUACUGCCUCAAAACUCCCCAUACUGAAGUUUCAACACGCUGUAUGCCAAGAACUCGCCAACAGUUUCAAGAGGACCCAUAGCUAUGACUGGUCUGUCAUUAGCCGGCUAGCAGAGGACUCCGGCCUUGAAAGGGUUUUGGGUGGGAACAUGGGCCUUGAAUAUAUAGAUGUUUUAAAAGCACUGCUGGAGAGGGACAUGAAGCACAUCCUCACCAGGAUCCUGCGUCUGCUAGGAGAUGUCGACUUGAUAAGGUAAAUGACAAAUGUAAUAAGGUAAACAUGUGACCUUUACUGGUCCUAUGACAAUUGUACAGGUUUUUCAACAUGGAAAUGUUUUUAUACUCUUAUCAUGUAUUCAUUCAUGGUGGUUUUCUUCACAGCUGUAGAAAAGUGAGCAAGACCUGGAGAAAAAUCAUCUACCAAGACAAGUCUGCACUCCGUAGAUGCGACCAGGCUAAACAGAGACUCAGGGUAAGCGCUAACAUUUAACUGGGGUUCCUUUAGUCAUUGUAUACCCUUUAUCAGGUGUCAAUGGUUUUGAACCACAUUGAUGGUUUGUUUUUUUCGCUUGCAGAGGCUCCAAACUUUGCUAAUCCCUUAUGCUGAUAUGUUCUUAAUCUGGAUUCAUUUACAGGGGCUCCUUCAAGUACUUCAAUCUUAAUUACCUAACCAUAGGGUAAUCCACUGCAUGAAUAUUGUUUGGUAAAUGGCAAUGUCCGUUUUUGUUGUAGGACCCAAGAACUUCUGUAGGACUGGAGAAUGUCGGCUCUUUGACACGAGACGCCGCCCUGUCCCGGGUUGUAAUGUCCUGUAUGCAGAGGGUAGCUUCAACCCCUAUCCAUAAGUCUAACUAUAGGAUGCUCUCCCAGAGAGAAGGCACACCGUCGCUGUACUGCUCCCAGCAAUCUCGCUUCAGAGAAUACCAAGAGGUGACGGUUGCGCUAUUCACUUUGCAUGUAAAGGUUCAGAGGACAUGAUGGUGCUCAGUGUGUGUACUUAUUGAGAGUUGGUGUCACCCUUCAAUCAGUUCUAAGAAAGUAAUUGACAUGUUCAUGUUACAAAUGAUACAAUGAGUGAGUUAUGCUCCGUAGCCUUAUACAUUCUUUGCUUGUGUUCUCUAGGCUGCCAGUUUGCUGAAGCAGCACGAGUCGCUGAAGCCCUGUAAGCGCUGCGGCUCUCCUGCCAAGCACAACGCAGAUGCCAUGAGGGCCACCUGUACCCGCCUCAGCUGUGCCUUUGACUUCUGCACCCUGUGCCAGGGCCCUUUUCAUGGCUCCUCAGCCUGCCACACAGGGCUGGCCCGGGGGCCUAGCAGCUCCAGAGCCAUCCUCAUCGGCAGCGCUCGCAGCAAGAGGAACGUCAGGCGCCUGUGAGAUCAACGCAGCCCUGGAUGAAGACUCAAUAACGCACCUUUUUUAAAAACCAACUAAAUUUCAACUAUUAUUUAUUAGUUUUAUUCAUGGACCUUUUUAGCCCACUGCCUCCUCUCCACAUACCAAAGGGAUCUCGGCUAUUGGAAUACCCUGUAUUAGAACACAUUGUAUUCUGGGACAAUCCCGUGAUGCCAGGUGUCCGGCAUUUGUCGUCAGAAAGCGACAAUCUUACUGGAAGCCAAAAAAAGAAUGUUUACCUGAAUUGUACAUUCAUUUUAUAUUUCUUCAUGGAAUAUCCGUCUGUAAAUAUAUUUGUCUUUUAAGUGUGAAAUGUAAAUAUUUAUAUUGUUGAAAUAAAUUUAUCUUUCGC